AUGGGCGGACCUGAAGAGGCGACACACGCGGUUGAGGAAGCUAUCAAAGCUGGAUACCGCCAGUUCGAUACAGCAAUCAUAUACGGCAGCGAGCCAUAUGUUGGUGAGGGGAUCCGGCGCAGCGGCGUGCCUCGAUCCGAGGUAUUUGUUACGACCAAGCUCUGGAAUACACACCACAGGGCUGAAGAUGUUCCCAAGGCACUUGGCGAGUCAUUGAAGAGCCUGGGCAUGGAGUAUGUGGAUCUGUAUUUGAUGCACUGGCCACUGUCGGUGGUGUCUGAGAACGAGCGCAGCUCGAAGGGUGGGUUAAUUGAUGCCAAAAUCGACUACAUUGAUACCUACAGAGCGAUGGAGAAGCUGCUCGACACUGGCAAGGUCAAGGCAAUCGGGGUGUCAAAUUUCACAAUCUCGCAUCUGAAGCGCCUAAUGACCAAUACAGGAAUCGUACCGGCCAUCAACCAGAUCGAGCUGCACCCGUACCUUCCGCAGCCUGAGCUGGUCGAAUUCUGCAAGUCCAAAGGCAUCGUGCCGACUGCGUACUCACCGCUGGGGUCGACGGACAAGCUCCGUAUUUUAGAAGAUCCCGUAGUCAACGCCAUUGCCAAGGAGCAUGGAGCGACGGCAGCGCAGGUUCUCAUUGCAUGGGGCGUGGGUCGCGGGUAUGCGGUCAUUCCGCGGUCUCUGCACACAGAGCGCAUCAUCAAUAAUUUUACUCCAAUUGAGCUGAGCAAUGACGAUGUUGGCCGAAUCAGCGCAAUCCAGCAGCGUGGACGGGUCGCAGAUCCGGUGGCGGACUGGGGCGAGCAGUUCCAGUGGGUGUUCAAUGGGGUGGAGCCCAGCAAGUAG